GAAAUAAAAUGGGAAAGGUCUUUGAUUUACAGUCGACAUGAUCGGCACAGAGUUCUUGGAUUAUUUAUCAAAGUUUCAAGUCGCUACCUAUGUCGGAGUUGAAGAUUUUGCGGAUAAAUUUAAUUUUCUCAUAACAGUUAUGGUUCUUAUGCUUUGUACAACAAUUGUCACUAUCAAACAGUAUAUGAUGAAACCGAUUUCAUGCUACAUGGCAACAGAUUUGGGUGGAAAAAACUUAUUAGAUUAUGUUGAGAACUACUGUUGGGUUCAGGGCACUGUCCCUAUAGCAUAUUCUGGUCGAGUACCAGAGACAGAUGAAGGUUGGGCGGAAUUAGAGAAGCAUAAACUACUGUAUUAUCAGUGGGUGCCAUUUGUUCUUGGCCUACAGUGUAUUUUAUUCUAUUUACCUCGAUUAAUUUGGCAAAUGAUAUGCUAUAACAGAGUUGGGACAGAUGUACAUCAUUUAGUCUUAUGUGCUAAUCAAGCAGUACAUGCUAAUGAUGAACAAAGAACUAAAAUGGUACAACACUUAGCAAAAACAUUAGAACAGUUAUUAUUUCAGCAACGUGAAUACCAUCAUGGAUUAUGGCCUCGAGUACGUCGUCGAAUGAAAAAAUGGGGUUAUUUAUUCUUCAUAAGUAAACGUCUUGGGACACGAUUAUUUGGAAUUUAUUUAUUCAUUAAAUGUCUUUAUUUAUUAAAUGCAAUCGGACAAAUAUUUAUGAUGCAAUCAUUUCUUGGUUUAAAAUCAAAUUAUACAUUAUUUGGUAUAACUAUAUCUAGAAAUAUUUUAGCUGGUCUCGAUUGGGAAGUGACAAUGAUUUUUCCACGUGUUGGAUUUUGUUUAGUUCCUUUAAAGCAUUUUGGAUCUAAUAAUUAUGCAACAGCACAAUGUGUUCUACCAGUAAAUAUGCUUAAUGAACGUAUUUAUAUGUUUCUAUGGUUUUGGAUUGUUCUCACUGCAACAAUUACAGCUAUCAGUAUACCAGCGUGGUUUACACGUAUGAGUUAUGAAAAAUCACGUACACGUUUUAUAAAAAAAUAUUUAAAACUUGGUGAACAAGUUAGUAGGAAAGAUAGAUAUAUGGUAGAAAAAUUUACCGUAUUAUUUUUACGUAAUGAUGGUGUUUUUCUACUGCGUAUGAUUGCUAUCAAUGCCGGUGAAUUGAUUUGUUCUGAAAUAGUUUGUCAAUUAUGGCAUAUAUUUCGUGAAAAAUAUUUUUAUCGUGAUUUAACACGCUGUAAACGUGGUUGCGAUGAAAUGCAUCAUUUAGGCUUGAGAUUAUCUCGUGGUAUUGUCAAUUUAAAAGAAAGAUAUUCCAAAGAAAAUAAACAAAUUAAAUUAGAAGCUACAGCUUCAGCACCUCCACUUACUGAUGCACCUCUUGGAACAGAUGAAGACGAAGGUGGUUACGCGGAUGAUGAUGAAGAUGAACAGAAAGAUGUAAAAAAACACUAUAGCAAAAAAUAUUCAUGGGAACAAAAAGAGUCCGUUUAACUAUAUUAUUGUUAACACAUAUAUCGUCACCUGUAAACAGUCAUAAAAGUUGCUUUGAGAUGUACAGAUUACAUAUUCAGCUCAUUUUUUUUAUAAACAUUUUUUAAUGAAAAAUAUUUAUUAUUAUUUUUUUGUUACAUUUGCUAUUUAUUAGUGAACUUAUUGAAGAUAUCUAAUGAGUUAUCUUUAGUUUACUCUCCUUUUUUCUUGUGUUCAUCCAAGAAAACAAUUUCCCCUUAUUGUGCAGUUAACCUUCUCAUUGAUUAUGUUUUCUUCUUUUUUUUAAUUGAUCGAGAGUUUAUGCAUUUACGUAAAUCAUUUGUAAUUAAAUUAUUCAUCGUUAUACUUUAGAUAUCGGUAUUAUUAUUGACUAAUAAAGGUUCUCUAUGAAGAAAUACAUAGAGAAUAUUAUGUAAGCGAUGGUCUUGGUUAUGUGCCGAUCACUAAGUAAUCGCAAAAUUUAUC